GAACAUUCUGUGCGUGUGUGACAUUGUGGCAAUAAACAGUUUUGUUGUCGUUACCUGUUACAAUACGUGAAGGUGAUACCACGGCGGACGCCGGGAUUGACGCCGGCAGCUUGUGAGCAAAUGUAAUUUUUGCUCCCACUGCUGCGAUAUGAUACUAUUUUGGAAGUGUUAAUUAAAAAUAGAAUGAUAUUAUCACUAUUACCACGAGAAACCCGCUGUGGCCAGUUAGCGGAAAAUUUACGAAAGGACAAGCUUUAUAUAAAGCCAGUUGGUUGACACAGACGAGAAGCUAAAAUUUCUAUCACCAAUUAAUCAUGCUUUCAGAAUGAAUGUUGAGCGAAUGAUUAUGAUGAUCCGUUGUUUUGAUUUUUGUUCAUAUACUUUUGGCUUCUGGAAUACAGCAUAACCGUAAGCUAGGCUUGAAAUAUUUGCUUCGCGGGUCCACAACAUCUAUUUGGAGACGAUAGGGAAAAAUGGAGACUGUUUCUACCCCUCGAGGCCGAGCUGCCAAUGAGCUUGAAAAACCUGGCCGUUGAAAAUGUUGCCAUCGGGGAAUGUUCCGAUCAUACGAGGUAUAAUAUAUCGGCGAAACACCAUCACUGCUUCUUCGAGCAGACCCUAAGAACGGUAUGCUUUCGAGGAUUGGACUAUCGCCGGACGCUUCACAGUCGAGGGAGGUUCAGUCGAACGAAAGAAUUGAUUUUGUGCAACUGGGCGUCGAGCGUUUUCGAUCCCCGUGAGCUGCUCGAACUGGUGCCAAAUGUGGAAAAGCUUUCGAUUACCGGCGAAAAAUUGUGGUCGCUCAAAGGGGACUUUCCGUCGUUGGUUAAUCUGUGGGCCAUCAACAUCACCGGGACGAAAUUGAACGUGACGAGAGAGUUCGUUUUCUACAAUCUACCGGCGCUGAGACAGCUCAACAUGAGGGGCAAUGAACUGGUGAAGAUCACUCCGUUUAAGUUCCAAAGUGAACAUGUGGACAUUUAUCUGCAAGGUAACCCGUGGAACUGCACCAAUGAUAUGAUUUGGCUGUUGGAAGAACAAAGUGGAUUCUACGCCGACAAGUCAACGUUGGUCUGCAAGGAUUGGAAGUACACUGGGCGGCCGAUGAUGACGGCUAUGACGUACAAGCAAAUCUUACGAGAGCAUUGCCGAAAUGAGGAGAUUCAGAACUGCACCUGUAGGAUAUCCUAUCUGCGACUGAGUGAUAGCGGAAAGACAUUCCAACCUCUGGUCACAGUGAACUGUACCGGAAAAGGUUUCUACAGGUUGCCAAGUUAUCUUCCUCCGAACACUACGGUGCUUCAUGUAUCGAACAAUGAAAUCACCGAGGUAGAUCAAUUGGCAACUACUGAUUUGUACAAUCAGGUUCAGGAUAUUUACUUGGACCACAAUAAGCUCACAUCUAUUGACGUUCUAGAGGACAGUAUUUGGUUGGAUAAUUUUCGAAUUCUUAGCUUACGUGGCAAUCAAAUUAGCAGGAUAAGGGUAUACAGUUUAGAGCACGCCUUCGAGCGAAACACACACGUUGGCCAAUUGUUUUUGGGCAGCAAUCCAUGGCGUUGCGGAUGUCGCUUCGCGACACGGAUGCAGGAGUUCCUUCGAAAGCAUGAAUCUGUGAUAGUGGAUUCACGUAACAUCACUUGCUACACGUUAGACGAUGAAGGUCGGAAAUCCUAUGUCCCCGUAAUGACACUCACGCCGAACGAUGUGUGCCGAUUGGCUGAGCAUAACAAAGCGGCCAUUUAUGACAUAUUGAGCAUUAUUUUCGCCUCGUUAAUUCUGCUCAUCCUUACGAAGCUGGCGUAUGAUUAUUACAUCUACCGGAAGUAUGGGAAACUGCCAUGGCUUGUUAUGAAAAUUCCAUAGCAUGAAGAAUCGCCAGCUGGAAUCCUCUCCAAUAUGAUAUGUGAUAAUUAGAAGCAACAAUAUCGGAUAGAUAUACUUAACUAGUGUUAGUAUUUAAUUAGUAGGUAGGAAAAUACCUCACAAUUGUCAAUCUCAGCUCGUAUACGUAGUAAAGAAUUGAAAUUUU